UCAGAAAAAAAUCCCGGAUGACAAACUUCUAAAACAACGAAACAGGGCGCGAGACAACAAGAAGGCGGUGGAGUGAUUUAUGAAAUUUACCUGUUGAGACCUCAAUUAAUGGGACAUUGAGAUUAACUAACAAACUUCACUGCACCUUCGUCGCCCUAGUGGAUGUGGGCACCAUGCAGACCAUAAAAUGUGUGGUGGUGGGCGAUGGUGCCGUGGGUAAGACCUGUCUGCUCAUCUCCUACACGACCAACGCUUUCCCGGAGGAGUACAUCCCCACCGUGUUCGACAACUACAGUGCCCAGAUCAGCGUCGACGGCCGGGCCAUCAGCCUCAACCUGUGGGACACGGCGGGGCAGGAAGAGUACGACCGGCUCCGCACCCUCUCCUACCCGCAGACCAACGUCUUCAUCAUCUGCUUCUCCAUCGGCAGCCCCUCCUCCCACGCCAACGUCCGACACAAGUGGCACCCCGAGGUGUCCCACCACUGCCCAGGAGUUCCUGUUCUGCUGGUGGGCACCAAGAAGGACCUCCGAGGGGACGCGGAGGCCGUGAAGAAGCUGAAGGAGCACGGUCUGGCUCCCACCACCAUACAGCAGGGCAACGCUUUAGCCAAGCAGAUCGGGGCUGUCAAAUACCUAGAGUGCUCGGCUCUGAUGCAGGAAGGCGUCAGGGAGGUGUUUGCGGAUGCUGUGCGCGCCGUGCUUAACCCCGUCGCUAAGAAAACGCCCAAAAGGUGUGUUCUGUUAUAACCAUGUGCCUAAGACUGUGGGGAGACUGGAGGAAGAGACUGAAAUGAUUGGCUCUGCCAGUUUGGUUCCAGUAGGCCUUCCACAUUCAAACCCUUGCCAUUGUAAGCUUUGCCAGGCUUCUUUAUUACGCAAAUAGAUUAUAAUUUUUCUUUCCGUUUUUAAGAGGUCCUCACCACUAGCCGUGGUUUUUUUUCAUUGAUUCCACCGACCUGCCUAUGGAUUUUUAUGUCACUGAAAUCGAAACACCAAAGUGAAGAUGGCAGGGAGAUUUCAGAACGUGUCUUGUCUUUGUAGCCACCUGAAGUGCCCCUACCAGCGCUGUGAUCAACACCACAUAUUUCUCACUCUUCCCAUGUCAGGCCAGUCUUUUAAUGACAUUUCCUUUCAGCCCUGUCCUCUAUGUCAUGACAAGGCAUUCGUAAAUCAUUUAUUGUGUGCCUUAAAUAGCCAAUAUGUAAAAAAAAAAACUCUCUGUGCCACUGAUUGCAAAACCUUUGCUCUUAUUGGAUGAAGGAAUGCACGAAUGCAUGUGCUUCAACCAUGUCAAGUCUCAGGACACGCAAUACUGCACCGCACCGAGACCAAAAAAGAGUGUCUAGCAGUGUCAACCUAAAUACAGACACACUUUGAUUAGAUCGGUCUGUUUUCCAGAGCUUGUGUGGUUGCUCCCCCUCCUCCUCGACUGCACUCCGUAAACUAUGAGCUUGGAAUGCGCACAAUGCUUUAUUGUCAAAACAACGUGCUGAUUGUCUCAGUGGGUACAGAUUUGGUUGUCCAUGUCUGCUAAGUAAACAAAAGUCACAAAGAUUUAAUCUAGCCGUAUCAUCAGAGGAACGGAACAAUCGGGAAGGAAUCGUUCAUCAAGCGAUUUGCAAGAGAUUGUUUACUACCCCUAGGUUGUCCAUUCCAUUGGUGACCUGCUAAUGAGUAAUAGGCUAACUUUUGUCACAAGACAGGUUUAAACCACAAGUUAAAUACAUUCCAUGUCCAGUUGCAACUUAUUUACAUGUUGAAUUUUGCCACUCUAGGAUUCCAUAUUCCUGUACACUUUCUUAACAGUUUGUGCUCUUACAUGGAGGUACUAUGACAAAGGUACCACAUUUAGCUGCAAUGCUACACAUGUGUGGCUAACUCUGUUAACUUAUCAUUGUCUUUUCAUAUGAUUGAUUGUGAACCAUUUCAACUGUAAAUUGAAUACAGAACGGAUGCGAGGGUGCUUUUAUCCAGAUGGUUAUUUCCGAUUUAAAACGGGUCUGCCUCGUGCCUUUUGUGAUGUGAUAUCUGUACCUACAGAGAUAGAAAACCUUUAUUUCCGAAGGACCACAAGGCUUGCUGAUACUCAUCACAUUUCAAUUCAAGCUAAAUACAUAUUUAAAGUCUUGUCCUGUUGACUAAAUUUGAUUUAAGUUGCCCUGUGCUUUAAUCACCAAGACACAUUGCACCUACCAGUGCCAAGGACAUUAACAUUUUUUGUUCAGUGCUUGACUUGGUUAUAUAUUUUUGAUCUAAUCUUUUAUUUUCACAGUAAGAAAGCCAAUUUACAUUAUAUUUUACUAUUUUUACUGUGUGUGUAGUAACAGUUUACCUACUUUAUUAACCUUGAUAACAAGCUUUUUACCCUCUAUUCUAUGUUCAUUAUAUAAGCUUUGUAAUCAAAGACCUUGUAAAAGAAGGCAACCAAUAUUAUGGCAAUUUGUCAUUUGCGUCACAGGUUAAUAAAACUAUGUACACAAAAUAAAUAUUUGACCCCUUGCCAAAUACAUUGAGUAAAGGAAACGGUAAACUUGGCUAAUGUACUGGCCAAUUUUGAAUUGGUCAGAUGAACUAUUCUGCUCAUGUGGUUGUUUGGACCUCUGGAACAGGCACAACCGAGGGACUAUCAUCAGGUUUAAACUUUAAACCCAUUGCCUUCUCCAGCCCUUUACCUCCGAAGGGAUAACGUGGCCUUGAAGUGCCUGUCAGCAAUGUGCAUGGAAUGCAUUGUGGAAUUUGUAAGUUGAUACGAAUUUUUAACUGCGACAUAAAUCACAUUUGUAUUACGUGAUAUUGUAAAGGAUAUCAGUCAUGCCAAAUAAAUUCAUGGGUUAACACUU